UGCCAACGUAAGUAUUGUCAGUGUCGAAAAUGUUAUAGGUUUGACCUUGCUACUACAUUUUUAUUAUAAGCGAAGAUUACGAAAUCGAAAGUAGCCACAGCAAUGAAUCACAAAAUAGAUGUGUUUUUAACUUUAUCAACCAGGUCUUAUUGUUGUUCAAGGAAAGCGGUACUUACCUAGAUUUUGUUAAUCACAGUAGAUUAGUUACAUACUUAUCACAAUUUUUCGUCACAAUUCCCAACUUUACAUCAAAAUAACAUCGGGAACAAGAAUUUAAAAAAAUUAUAAGAGGCCCUAUCUUAAAAAAGUACGUGAUCCUUCACGCCGCACGUUCGGACUCUCCAUUUAUUUGUUUUUUUGGUCCUUCUGCCAAUCAAGUUUCUUUGGUAUAAGUAGGUAUAUGAUAUACAUACACAUUUGUUUUCAAGAUUGCUAAAUGAUCUUUAUAAAUUAUUAUUUGUGAGGGGUAAAUGUGUUUUCUUCAAAUAAAAAUUGUAAUCAUGCCUAUUAUUAUGUGAAAAACUGUAAACGGUUAUUAAAAAUGAUAUGUAUUUACUUACUAAAAAAAAGUUAUUUGUUUCAUAGUACGAAAAAAGUGCCAGUAAAAACGAAGCUUUUACGUCUGUAAAAGCUUCAAUGCAUUAUAGGGACAGAGCAAGGGAUCAUGACGAGUGGUCCAUAUUCGUGACACUACCUUAUAGUGGUUUAGCUCUAAGCGCUCAUUGAGCGUUAUGGCAGUUAUAAGUUAUUGUGUAACAUGGUCUAUUCCGCAAUAAAACGCAAGUCUGUGCCUAAAAUCUGUAAUACCUGAGGUGUAAUGAGGUGUAUUGAUUUUUCCAUUAACUUUAGAUUAGGUACUGAUGAAACAAUUUUGAUGUGAUUGCAUUUACUCUAAUGGAAUAGAUACACUUAUUUGAUGAGAAUUCUAAAAGCUCGCAAUUUACCAUAGCGAUGGGUCUAUACAACUUAAAGGUCUUAGAAAAAAUGCAAAAGAGACGAUGCUUAAGGCAAACCUACUAUCAGAUGUUAUAUAAAUCUAUUGAACCCGUCAUUAUAUUUUGUCGUAUUGUAGGAUUCCUACCAACACUCGAAAAGAAGAGCAAAGAAGAAAAAAUCGUAAAGACAACUAACAAAGAUUGGGUCCUUUUCGUGAUUUAUCUCACUUCGUAUUUAACAAUUCUACUCUACAAUUUGAAAGUGUUGAUAAACAAAGAAAUCGCUUUUUACAUAUCCAGGAGGAUGCAAAUUGUAUAUCUCUCCAUUUCCGGACUCUACACCCUCGGCUUAAUCGUUUUCGGAUACACAGAGCGCCGAGUGGUUAAUUUGUGCAUAAAUCGUAUUUCCGAAGUUGAUAACUUCCUGAAACUGGCAGAAUUGGGCAUUGUGUACGAAGACGUACAAGUAAAAUUGAGAAGAACUUUCUUCAUCAUACUAACUCUGACAGGUUUCCGAACACUAUUCUUCUCUCUUGUCGUGGAAAUUUAUUUCCUGCAGCACGUCUGCAUAUUUUUCAAUCUAAUUUUGAAACUCGCGUUUGUUUUCACGUUUACAAUGUUUGCAGAACUCGUAUCGUACAGGUUCGAGCUCAUCAACAACACCCUCAGAUCUUACUUGAAUCGUCAUGUUGAUAUUCACAACACAUCGAGUUACAUCGAAAAACUGUACAUCCUGUGCCGCUCCCACUUUAAAUUAUGUAAAGUAGUUGUAAAACUAACAUCGAGUUACGGAUAUCAAUUGUUAAUUACCGGCGUUGCACUGAUUGCUAAUUUUGUGAGUGUCUUUUAUCUACUGUACUCUUUUUGGAACCGGAAUAGUGGGGAGAUCAUAAAAUUGGUUGCAAUUUCAUUCUGGUUCCUAACCGAAGCUUACGAACUGUAUGGAAUGGUAUCAAAGUGUAGUCAAGCCAGCGAUGACGCCAAUGAAUUACCAAUUACACUGCACGAACUGCAAGAUGAAGUCAAUUCUACCGAAAUAGAGGAUCAUAUACAAAUGUACUCACUAAAAAUGUUACAUCAGAAGCUUUGCUUUUCAGCUCUUGAAUUUUUUGAUUUUGAUUUUUCGCUACUUUUUGCCAUAAUGGGCUCGGUUUUAACAUUUUUGGUAAUUGUGCUGCAAUUGGAACAGUUGGAACAAGUUGAAAACUCCUUGGGAAUCGUUGUGACUGAAUUUGUCAACAAAUCUAUUAUUGCAACGACCACAAUGAGCGAUGAUAUUGUUGAGGGCGACUAUUACGAUUAUGAUGAUUAUUAGUAGCAUUUUUGUUUGAUGCAACAGUACAUUGUGAAAUUAGGAAUAGAAUUUGUAAGCACGUUUGGUGAUAAUGUUGAAGAAAAUGCACAAAAAAAGCUGAUUCAGGUUCGUGAAGUGGAGAACCGAUAUGUCAGCCAUAUCAAAUUAAAUUCGUGUUCAUUUUGUGUUUUGUGCCUUGUUAUAGGUACACAUUUUGUGCUCUUGUGAUUUUUAAAUUCUUCAGUUUUUUAGCAUAUGAAACAUUCAUACUGGGUGUUGUAACAUUCGAACUCUUUUUGUGCCUCUAUUCUUUUAGGAUGAGACAAAUGUCUUGCUCUUGGUAGAGCAGUCUCGAUUAGUAAAAAUAAACAUUCCCCAGUGACUCUUCAACGAUCCUUAAACGACUCAUUUAUUUAUUUAUUAUUAUUAUUUACCACGUUACAUAUCUGGUAGAUGUGUUUGUGGCACGUCAAGCAUAACAUAUAAAAGUAACAUACAACAUAAA